CUCAACUCGACACUCUUCAACAUCUUCCCAUCAUCAUCAUCAUCAUCAUCAUCAUCACCAACCAACAAUAACUUGCUCUUCCUCUUCAUCACGUCGUCAGCCACAAUUACAACAUCGACAUCACUCUCAGCGUAAACAUCAUGGCCUCUCAACAAGUCCCGAACCUGAUCUCUCACCUGUUAAUAACAAAACACCAAACGUACGAUCGUCAACUCUCACCUCACUCAUCUUUACCUACAACGACCUUUGAAGAUAACCUUACCUUUGGAGUCGGUGCUGGAUUAACUGGACGAGCGAGUCCCUGUGGUCACUUUUAUUAUUCACCUUGUGCCAUCAGUGCCUCACAAUUAUCAAUCGGAGCUUCACAAAAACAUUCACCAUCUACAAAAGUUUCAAGCGAUCAGCAUCAUCAUCAUCAUCAUCAUCCCAAGCAACAGGCAAAUAACAUUAAAAAUAAACAAGUUCCAUCAUCAGUUUUAGAAAAGUCCGUUAAUCUCAACCCAACGAAUCAAAAAUGUCCUCAACUUAAAUCAUCUUCUUCAUCUUCAUCGUCCCAACAGCUAAAACAUAACCAAUGUCCCGAAUUUGUUGAUCUGCAAGAGAAACUGUUAGUUGAUUCAAAAACUGUCCAAUCUUCAUCCAAGGUUAAUAAUGAUGACAACUUUAUGCUUGAUUUAACAGCAUUCAGUUUGAAUUGUGAUGAAAUUAACAGUAAUAACAACAGUAGCAAUCCAAAUAAAGUAACAUCAAAUUGUUUAACAUCCUCAUCGCUCACACCAACAAUUAAAAGUUCAUCAGUAAACAAUUAUCAAAGUGCCCUACAUAACCACACAAACCAUAAUAAAAAUUUCAACCAUUGUUCAAAUGAGAUUAAUAAUAAUGUUAAAUAUAACAAGUAUAGUAAUGAUGAAAUCGACAACGAUAAGCACCUCAAUCAAUCAAAUUAUCAAUGCAAUGGAAUCAGUCAUAAUUUGAUCUUCGAUUCAAAUAACGCAUUUAGUGAAUCGCCACCAGAAGGAAUCGUGAAUGGGAAAGGAAGUGGUGGAAAUCACAUGAAUAUUAACCAACAUUUUCGUCACCAUGAAUCCAAUUCAUUGACACAAUCGCCCACAUCGUCAACAACCAUGACACAAGCAAAAUCCAAUGGCCUCAUGAACGGUGAGAAUGUCUUGUUUAAUGAGUCUAACUGUAGUUAUAUUAAUCAUAAUAAUAGUAGCAACAUGAACACAAUUAAAAUCGAGGUUGAACUAACCCGUUCUCCAUCGAUACAGUCUUACACAAGUAACAGCAUGAUUUCACCACGGCGUAAGCGCAAAGGACCAGCUCCCCCACCACCGAUCAUCAGUGCAUUUGAACCAUUUCCUGGUUCGUCUGGAAUUAGCUUAUCACCACCAUCAUCGUCAUCGUCAUCACCUUCAUCCUUAGCAGUUACACCGACACAUUCACCUCUACCUGGGCCUUCAAAUGUCUCCUCAGCAAAUGUUAACUCAACAUCAUCAAAAUCUUUAAUCACUUCAAAGUCUUCCAAUGUUGUCAAUCUUUAUCCUUGUCCACCAAUUUCCGGUUGCUCAAAAUUCAAUGAUAAUCUUACGAUGGGACGAAAAAAAUCGAUCAAAAACAAACCCGCUCCAAGUCCCCCUCCUCCUUUACCGACCCUUCCACCCUUAGCAUCAAGACCUAAGAGUUUAAUCCAAGGAGCUUCAUCAAGGCCUCAUGACACUCGCGGUGCUUUCACAUCGUCACCUGUAGUGAUGAAAGUUAAUGAAUCAUCUCCAUCUUCAACUCCCUUCACUCUUGGUCAUUGUUCAUCUCAUUCUGUUUCAACUUCAUGCAGAAAUAACAAUUCACUCAGUUCCCCCAAUCAAUCACCUACAAAGCACAACAACUGUAGACCGAUAGCAAUCAGAUAUUUACCUUGUCGAUCACAUUCAGUCUCUGUUUGUCCAAUCGCGACAUUAACCCGCUCAUUGUCUGACCAGAAACAGAUCAAUGGUAAAGAUAUGCUUAGAUCGGUUACCUCAUAUUCAUCUGAUCUUAAUUUGCCUAAAUUCACUCGAUUAAGUGGACUAAUUAAUUCACCAACUGGAUCAUCAGUAUUUCAACAUGAGCAAACCCUGGAAAGUGAUUCAAUUAUAAUUAAAUAUGAUGAUCCUGAUUACUUUUAUCCAAUGAUAACUAAUUGCUAUUCAUCAUGUGAGCUUCCAUAUAUAAUUGAUAAUGAAGCCAAUGAAAGUGAAAUAGUUCACCAAGAAGAUGGAAAAUUAAAUUGCGAUCAUAUUACUGUGCCAACGACACCAAUCAGACGAAAAAGACAAAAAGAAUAUAAAAUGAUGAAUAAAAGUCAAUCUUUUACAAGCUCGUCAUUAUUUCCAGAAGCAGGUAAAGGUUUACCUUCAGGUCUUCCACCUCGACCUCCGUCACCAAGAAUAGAUUCCAACAGCUAUAAAAUGGUCAAUAGAUCAAUUCCACAAACCCCGGUUCGUACUCGGCAACGAAGUCGACCAACAUCGAUAUGCUUUGCUAAUCAUUGCUGUAGACUUGAUCAAUCGAGCAAUUACAAGAUCGCACAAAAUAUAGCUAUGAGAUCAUCGUCCUUGAACUCGAUGAAGUCGCGAUCAUCUCCUUCAACACCUAACAUUUCACGCAACCUUCAUAGCUCAUGUUCAUUACCGCGAAUAGAUUCCGCUCUUACCUUUACUCAUUCGACAUUAUCAGAGUCACUACCAGAUAGCCAUCAAGGUGAGAAUAGUAUCACAUGUACAAAUUGUUCAUUGUGUGGCCUGAAAGGAGCCGUUGAAAGGAGACCAGAAACGACCAGAACAACGGAAAACAAUGGAUUGGAAAUAGUGAAAUCAAAAGAUGAAACAGUUGUGAAGGACGAAACGUCAACAAUCGAAGAACCAAUUUACGAAGAGAUUGAUUUCGGAUUGAUUUCAGAAAAUGUCGCAGCUCUUUUAAGUCCUCGACAGCUGAUGAAUAGUGCUAACAAUAAACUUCGUUCUCGAGCCGAUAAAAAUACGUGCAAGGAUGCAAAUGAUUCUGGUGAGAUGAUGAUGACUUCUUGCAACAAUAAGAUAAACAUGUCUCCUAUUGAUACAUUGAAAGCACGGAAAAUAUCAAGUGGAACAGGGGGAGAAAGAAAAGAGGAUGAUGCCAUGAUGGAGAGAGUAAUUGGACAUCAUAAUUCUAAUUCGGGAGGUGAAAUACUAUCUGAUACUUCUGAUGAUCGAGUUACAGUUAAAUCAAUGAUCAGUCACAACAAUAACAAUCAACUUAAACCUUGGGCUUAUUCAUCAUCUUCACUUGACAGUGAACAAUCAACAACAUCAAGUGGAUCAACUGUUAAACAAUGGGCUAAUCAAAUAGUUUCUUAUUCCUCUAAAAGCCAUUAUCACCCUCUUCAUGGUGGUUCAUCCGGAUCAACUCCAACCACAUCAUCAACUUGUUACCAUGGAGAUCAUCCAGAAUUAUAUCGGAUUCAGUGUAUUGGUCACCAUCAUUUCCACCAUAAUGAUGAGAAUAAUCAAAAGCAUCUUCAUCACCCUCAUCUAGUUUCUCUUUCACCAUCUUCCACACCAGAACAACGGCAACAUUUCUAUCAUUGUCCACACCACCACCACCACCAUCACCUUCCGCAUCAUCGCCAUUAUCAUCAUCAUGGCCAUCGAAUGAUAACAACAAGUACUUCAGAUCAUUCAUUAUCUUCCUUAUCUUCAUCUAAUUUCAGUGAAGAUCCAACAACAACAACACCAACACCUCCCAACAUUUCAACUGCUCUUCAUGAUGAUUAUAAUUUCAUCUAUCUACCAGACGACUCACCGGUAGGUCAUCAUUGUUCAGAUUUAGAUGAAACAAAUGAGGAUGAAGAUGAAGAUGAAGAUGUUACCGUUGAUGAAGAUGAUGUUGAGGAAGAGGAAGUAAUCAUUUGUGAUGAUAUUCUGUUGCGAGGUGAAGCUAAAAAUGAUUUUGGCAAAAGAACCUGUUGUUAUUCUGAUCCUUUUUACCAAACUCAAGAUUUACAAGGAGAUGACGAGGAUGAUGGUGAAGAUGAAAGAGAAGUUGAUGGAGAUCAUGGUGGCAGAAAUAAACUGAAGGAGAAAAAGACAGAGGAAGAAAGUGGAAAGGGAAAUGAUGAGAAAACCUCAUUGGAAACAACACCAACAUCACAAGUUUAUUCACAGAAAAUUGAAUCACCAAUUUGUUCAACUAAAUUAAACGAUGUUAAAUCAGUCCAUGUAUCAACUGCAUCACAUUUUCCAUCAUCUUUGUCAUCAUCAAAUAUUCACAAUAGUAAAAAAACCAGAAGCCUUUCAUCUUUAAAUUAUCAUAAUCGGAUUAGUUGUGAUCAAAUUGCUGCUAAUCAAUCAACUUGCCAUUGUCAUCAAUGUUAUCAUCAUUCACAGCAACAUUUUAUUGGUACAAGAUCUUAUCAUCAACAUCGUACUAAUCAAAAUAAUUAUCAACAACCAACAAAAACUUUCAAUAAAUCAGAACAUUCAGGUUCCGAAGAUAACAUGGCCUCUUCAUGGAAUGGCAGUGGUCCUUUUGCUAAUGAAAAUCAUCAAAAUCAAACACAGAAUUACAACCACAAUGAAAACAACGAUGGGAACAAUAUAAAUCGUUUGAUGCAAGAAUUACAAUUGGCAAUUAAUUAUGGUCAACAUCGGAAGGCCGCCUUACUUGCACGUCAAUUGGCUCUACGAAAAGUUUCCUGUUCAUUUAAUCAAUCAACAGCUAAUUCGACGGGAACUUUUGGCUCCAAUGACCAGCCCAUAAUAGUUUACCUUUACAUUGAAGACAAGCAAUCACGCCAAGGACCAUUCCCAAUUCAAUUAUAUCCUUCGAUGACAGUCAAGAUGCUCAAAGAAAAGGUUGAAGGUGAUUUUGGAUUCCCUGUUAAUAUUCAAUCAUGGAUUCUGGGUAAAUGUCUUGCAACCAAUGAAGAUGCCUUACUAUCAACCUUUGGUAUAAUCUUAUCAGGAUGUCCCAUAUUUUUAUAUCUAUUAUCAAAUAAUAAUACCACUGACCAAGUGACCAUCAAUGACAAUAAUCCUCUAGGUCAAAAUUUAUCAACUCCAACAUUCGGUGAGAAAACUCAGCAUGAUGAGAAUGAAGAUAAAAGUGGAAACCAUGAUGAUCAGAAUCAGGGUAAUGCCACGUUUAUCACUAAUGAUACAAAGGAAAUGAAAGGUGGGAAAAGAUCAGUUUCAAUCGCUGGUAAAUUAUCAUCAAAUGGAGAAAGUGAGAAUAUCAAUGAGAAUCAUGCUGAUCACCAUGAAAAUAAUGAAAAGAAUGACCUGGUAGGAGGCAAGUCAAGUUCUGAUAUUGCAAGUGGGAGUGGAUCUUCUGGUGAGGUCAGUAAAGGUCUUGCAACAUCAAUUGAUGCAACAAUUUCAAUGAGACCAAUUCAAAGACGUAGCAAAGGUACAAAAGUAACAUCAACCAUCUCAUCACCAUCAACAUCAAAAUCCACUCCAAAGUUGAUAGAAACUCAUGGUGAGGAUCUUAAUCAUCAUUAUCCACUUUCUGCCCUUAAUCAGGUAAAAGAUCAACUGAUUAGAAAGGCUGAUAAAAUCUCAACAGAAUCACCAAGAAGACAAAAUCGAAAGAUUCAAUCAACGUUAAAACAUAAUGAUAUUAAAAUGAUGCAGGCUCAUGAUUAUCAAGCUUCAUCUUCUGGUGCAAGUAAACUAAAUAAUGAUAACAACAAAGUUAAUAACAUCAACAUGAUCCAGAAACAACAAUUGUUGAUUAUCAAUUCAAUCAAAAAUCAAGGCGAUAAUCAUAGCAACGAUAAUAAUGGUUCAGGUAAUGUUGAUAAUGAUGAUAAUAAAGGAAAUGGUUGUAACAAGGAGGCGGAAAAGGUUGGUCAACAAGUAAAAGGUGAUGAGGAUGAAAACCAAACUGGUGAUGAGGAUAAUCAGGUUGAUGAUAAUGAACCUGAGAUUGAAUCUAAAGGUGAAAUGUCUGAAACUUAUAAGCAAUUGAUGGCUUUGGAUGAUGUUGAUUUGGUCAAAAAUUCUGAAGACUUUGAAUGUCCCAUUUGCUUUUUAAAUAUUCACAAAGAAAAAGGAGUUGUCCUUCGAGACUGUCUUCAUAUGUUUUGCAGGGAGUGUCUUUGCAAUUCAGUCGAGUUUUGUGACGAAGCAUUGGUAAAAUGUCCUUAUCGAAGUGACGAUUAUUACUGUGAUAGUACAAUCACUGACCGGGAGAUUAAAUCGCUGGCUAGUGAUGAAUUGUACCAAAAACAUUUGGCUCGUUCCAUGAAGGCUGCGGAAUUAAAGAGCGCUAAAUCAUUUCAUUGUAAAACAGCUGAUUGUCCAGGUUGGUGUGAAUAUGAUGACAAUGUCAAUACUUUUCCAUGUCCAGUUUGUGGCAAAGUCAACUGUUUAACCUGUCAAGCGAUUCACGAGGAAAUGAAUUGUCGACAAUAUCAAGACGCACUUGAGUUUGAAGCUGCAGAAUCUAAUGAAGAUGCGAAAAAGACUAAACAGUUUUUAGAUAAUAUGCUGGACAAAGGGGAAGCGCUGCGAUGCCCGAUUUGCUUUGUGAUACUAAUUAAAAAGUGGGGCUGUGAUUGGGUUAAAUGUUCGAUGUGCCAUUCGGAGAUAUGUUGGGUCACCAAAGGGCCGAGAUGGGGACCAGGAGGGAAAGGUGAUAUUUCUGGAGGCUGUAAAUGUAUGAUAAAUGGACAAAAAUGUCAUCCCAAAUGUAAUUACUGCCAUUAGAAGGUUGGAAAAGGAAACGGAAAUAAAGUUCUCAGUCCAAAUUUGAAUCUCUGACGAAAACUAAUGCAUCGUUUUCAUCAUCAUCUUGUCUUCCUCUUUCUUCCUCUUUCUUACUAUUCAUUCUGAGCUCCAUCAAUUGUUUCCAGUUUACUGAGAAUCCAAGAACUGAAUCUACUUUAGUCUUCCUUUCCAGAGAAAUGAAGGUGAUCCCUUUUUCGAUGCAGAGGAAAAGGAAAUAAAGGAGGAGAAGAAUGAAGAGAAAAGGCUAAACCAUUAAUUCCUAGGAUAGAGCAAGAGAAGAAAAUUCAUUCCCAGCCUUGAAUUUUAUCUGAUUAAUGAUAAGUUCUGAUAAAUUGUGAUGUUCGUGACUCCAUCUUUUGUUCAAUGGAAAUGCAACUACCGAACUUGUUUAUUUAUUAUUAUGAAAAAAAGUUAUUAUAAUUAUCUGAAAUUGCUCAGAGUCAUUGUUGGCAUCAUACUGUUGAUCAUCUUCAUCUUCAUUCAUUAUCUUAUCAUCAUCGUAAUAAUGGCGAAACUUUUGUAAUUAAUAUAAAUUAUUAAUUAGAUUAACUCAAUUUCGAUUAAGUUUCUUGUUAACUCUACAAUUCAGUUAUAACUGCUACCAAAUUUGCUUCUAAAUAAUAGUUACUAAUAAACUCUAUUUCAAAUAUA